AUGGGAUCAAAGUCAAGCAUAUUUGUUGCAAUUGAUUUUGGAACGUCAUAUUCUGGAUUUUCGUAUAUGUUCAGUACAGAUCCGGACACAAUCAUAACAGCUAGUCAUGGAUCAAUUUUACCAGAUGAUCGUGUGCCGACAAUACUACUCCUUAAUCCGGAUAACUCACUUAAUUCUUUUGGAAUUAUUGCUGAGGAUAACUAUGCAAAACUUAUGAUGUCAGGUAAACAUACCGGAUAUCGCCUUUUCCGUGAAUUCAAAAUGGCACUCUAUGCCAACAAUGAGAGAUUAGAUUCAGAUAUAAAUAUAUAUGAUACUGAAAACAGACCGAUGAAUGCGAUGACCGUGUUUUCAAUGGUAAUUAAUCUCUUUAAAGAACUUGUUUUGAAAUCAAUAAAACAAAGCAAAUUAAGUCAGACAUAUUCUUUUGAAAAUGAUAUAAUUUGGAUGAUAACAAUACCUGCAAUUUGGUCGGACUCCGCCCGGCAGUUCAUGCGAAGAGCAGCUACUUUAGCUGGGAUUGAUGAAAAAUGUUUGCGACUAGUUCUUGAACCAGAAGCAGCAGCUUUAUACUGUAAAGACCAACAAUUGCAUAUCAGCACUAGCCCCCGAGGAAGUUGUCUCAAACCAAAAUCAAAAUACAUUUUAGCUGAUCUCGGAGGUGGUACAGUUGAUUUUUGUGUGCAUGAAGUUUUACCUAAAGGGGAAAUCCGAGAACUUUAUCGUGUGGUCGGCGGUGUUUUUGGGGGAUCCAACGUUAACAAUGAGUUUAUACAAUUUCUCAUUAAAUUAUUUGGUGCUCCUGUUAUGAAAAAAUUCAAGAAAACACAAUAUUAUGAUUAUCUCAUGUUGACGAGAGGUUUCGAACAUGUAAAAAAUACAUUUGAUUCAGGACACACGAAUACGUUUGUUAUAGGUAUUCCAAUAACAUUGAUUCAGAUGGCCGAGGAAGAUUCAGAUAGCAGCGUAGAAACAUUAGUGAAACAGUCAGUAUACGCCUCUUGUGUUGAAUUUAGGGAUGGAAAUAAAUUUUGUUGCAAAGAAGAACUUAUGGAGACGUUCUAUAAAUCAUCACUUCAUGGUAUAAUAACAACUUUAAAUGAAAUAAAAUCCUGUUGCACAGAAAACGUUGACACACUGUUAAUUGUUGGCGGGUUUUCCGAGUCUCAAUAUCUGAGAGAGUUUAUUAAAAGGAAAGUACAAAUCAAAGACCUUGUUCUUGCAAAAGAACCAAGACUUGCUGUGUUGAAGGGUGCAUUGAAAAUGGGACUUAAACCAAACACCAUCAUUUCGAGAAGAGCAAGAUACACAUAUGGUUUCCGUGUAGCGGUACCAUUCAAUAGAAAUUUACAUCCGCAGUCUCUAAAAUUUAGGAGGGAAGGAAAAUAUUUCUGUGAUCGCAUAUUUUCUAAAGUUAUAGAAAGAGACAUGGAUUUGAAAGUAGGCCAAUCUUUCAAAGUCAACGUUAAUGAAGAAAUUCCAACCAACAAAAAUAUGAAUUUGUCUAUAGCUUUGUAUCGAAGUCCAAAAAAGAACCCUACAUUUUGUUUAGAAUCAGACGAGGAAUGCACUGAAGUCGGUACAAUAAAUAUAAAAGCACCACGAGAAGGAUGGCCAAGCCGCUAUAAUAUAGAUCAGUUUCUCAUAGCAGACGAAACAGAACUUAAAGUGAAAGCUAUUGACAAAACAAAUGGAAGGGAACUUCAGACCAAUGUCACUUUUUUGUGA